UUGUCAUUCAUGCAACAAUGUGCUGGCUCCUGCAGAUACAUUGUAAUGUGCAAAUAGCAGCACUGCAUUCGCCCCUUUCCAUUAUAAGUCGAAGAGGAUUCCAGAGGGCAAAAUCAAGAGGCUACAUAUUGUCUUCUGAACAGGCACCUUGUUAUGUGAGACAGUGAGUGCUCCUCGGUUACAGUUGGUCUUUAGGAAAAUGGCCGACAUCCGAGCAACAUUUUCAUUUUACCACUAGAUGACUCUAGUGUUUCAGUGGGAGAUCUGGAGAACAAAGAUAUAUACAGUAGAUAGAUGUCUGUCUUCCAGCCUGAGAGAAGACAGAGACCCCAUCACCCAGACCAACAGUACCUGGAUAUAACAGCUAAUUAUUAUCAGACCAUUGAAAUGUGAGGAAACGGAGACUCUUUAAUUAAUGUCACAAAUCUCAGAGGAUGGAUAAGGACACGGGUCAUGUAACUGAGCAAAUAUUCAGUCUCACCCUGGAGAUCAUCUUCUUGCUGACUGGAGAGGAUUAUACAGUAGUGAAGAAGACAUCUAGGGAUUGUGUGACACCCAGGAGCCAUCCCCGUGUGUCAGGAGGACUGAGCAGGACCCAGAGCCUCAUCCCGGUGCCUCCACCUCACUCACUGAUACAUGAGAGACACAAUGACCAGAAGAUCCUGGAAAUCACCAACAAGAUCAUUCAGCUGCUGACUGGAGAGGUUCCUAUAAGGUGUGAGGAUGUCACUGUCUAUUUCUCCAUGGAGGAGUGGGAGUAUAUAGAGGAACACAGGGGUCUGUACAAGGACGUGAUGAUGGAGAAUCACCGGCCCCUUACAUCACUGGAUGGGGCCAGUAACAGGAAUACCCCAGAGAGAUGUCCCCGUCCUCUUUAUUCCCAGGAUCAUACAGAGGAGAAUCACAGUGUCCCACAGGAGAGACGGGGUGAAGAUCAUAUUGAUGUUAAAGUAGAAGAUAUAAAAGUAGAAGAGCAGACACAUGUGAUGGGUGAUCAGCAGUGUAAGGAGGAGGAAAUCCCUACAGAUAUCAGCACAGAUGGAUGUAUAACAUGGAAUAUCCUUGCGGAAAAUCUGCUUUUAUCUCCAGACUGUAAGACAGAAGACGGCAAUGUCACAGGAGACUCUCCAGGAGAAGACCCCAUGACCCCAACUAUACAUCCAUUGCGUCACAGUGUGGCUAUAUCAUCCUGCCUCACUAAUCGUCAGGAAUGUUUCCCUGAUGACUCAGAUACUGGUACAUGUAGUACACCUCUAAGAAGGGAUCAGCUAUCCCCCGAUUCUAUAUGCAGGGCAUGGUUUGCUCAGGAUGCCACACUUUUUGCUUGCCCGCCAGCCCACACCAUCAAGAAGUCAUUUCCAUGCUCUGAGUGUGAAAAGUGUUUUACACAUAAAUCGGCUCUCGUCACCCAUCAGAAAGUUCACACGGGUGAGAAGCCCUUUACAUGUCCUGAGUGCGGGAAAUGUUUUACACAGAAAUCGGCCCUUGUGACGCACCAAAAAUUCCACAUGGGUGAGAGGCCCUUUCCGUGCUCCGAUUGCGGCAAAUGUUUCACGCAGAAAUCUGAUCUUUUUAAACAUGAGAGGAUCCACACUGGGGAGAGGCCAUUCCCCUGCUCCGAAUGUGGGAAAGGUUUUACCCAGAAAUCGGACCUUUUUAAACACCAGAGGACUCAUACCGGGGAGAAGCCGUUUUCCUGUCCGGAGUGUGGGAAAUUUUUUACACACAAAUCGGUUCUUUUCAACCAUCAGAGAACGCACACGAGCGAGAAGCCAUUUACAUGUGCCGAGUGUGGGAAAUGUUUUACCAGGAAGGCAAACUUUGUCGAGCAUCAGAGAGCUCACAAAGGCGAGAAGCCGUUUUUAUGUUCGGAAUGCGGGAAGUGUUUUACGAGGCAAGUCAGCCUCAUUGAACAUCAGAGAGUCCACACUGGGCAGAAGGCCUUUCUGUGCUCUGAGUGCGGGAGAUGUUUUACAGAAAUAUCCGCUUUAGCCGUACACCAGAGAAGUCACACCUGCAAGAGGCCGUACCCAUGCUCCGAGUGCGGAAAUUGCUUUGCAGAUAAAUCUGUUCUCGUCACACACCAGCGAAUUCACACUGGCGAGAAGCCAUUUCCGUGCCCUGACUGUGGGAAAAAGUUUAGGCAGAGAUCUGUUCUAGUCAGGCACCGGAGAAUUCACACGGGAGAGAAGCCAUUUCCUUGCUCUGAGUGUGGGAAGUGUUUUAGGCAGAAGCCGCAUCUUGUAAAGCAUUACGUAAUUCACUCACACUUACACAGGUGAUUUGCAUGUCGGUACGGGGGAAAUGUGUUCUUACUGUAAGAAGAGACGACAUUAAAACGGACACACGCUU